AUGACGCCGAACAAGUUGUCCGACCCAUACGCCCAUACUCCUCCUCUUCCUCUCCUGAUAGAGAACCCAGGCAAGGAGGUACCUCUCAAUAGACGUCAGGAAGAGAAACAAGACACCUACCCCAGCUCACCAUUUGGGAACAAUCUCAAGGCAUUCUCGCCACACAGUCCGCGAGCUCUCAAAGAUUACCUCUGCAGCCCGAACCAGGGAGAAGUAUCUUCAGUUGAUCUUCACACCCCCCCUACCGACUCUCAAAGAGAUAAACUCGGUUCUGGAGAUGUGCGUGAAGCCAGGCACAAACGGAGCAUCGACACCCAACUCAAUCGACCUCGAGAGUAUCACAAGCCUAAGACUAGCCACCGAUCUCAGUUCACCAUUCCAGAGCGAAAGCCCGGAUUCAAACUGCUAGAGAACUGGCAUUCCGAAUCCAACUAUCCUUGCAACAAAGAUCAUGCCGAACAUAGUGAUUCCACCUUUAAGCCUAGAGUCCUCGCUAAGCAGAUCGACCCCGAGAUACCUCUAUCCUUACACAACUGGCAUAGCGAAAUCAACUUUCUCGAACCACUCGCUCUUGAAGCAGAUAUUCGCCAGGAGUAUGCUGUUCAUGCUACCUACAAGAAGCACCAUCACGAUGCUAGUGUCAAAAAGAUCAAUGAUAAGCGACAGGCCACUGCAGAACAGGAGGCCAUCAAGAUGCUCGACUGGAACACUCCAAUCGAAUUCCAUGAUGUGCCCCGCCACGUACAACAAGCAAUAUACGACGACAAAGUUGAAGUUUCCGCUUUGACCAGAAAGAUCGCCAUCCGCGAUGGACACGUCGAAGGCAUGAUUGCUGGAGAGUUCACUUUCCACCCAGAUACCUCUCACUUACCACUUACUGAGGACCAGACGGCGGUUCUCCGUCAAGCUGAGAGUUUCCAGGGGCUGUUCUCGCUGGAAGAGGUCAAUGAAGAUGAAUAUAAUAUUCUUCAGAAGACCUCAAAGAAGGUUAAGCACCCAAUCAAGUCCUCUUCCAAGUAUGAUCUGUGGCUCAAAGAGCAGUCAUCCAAUACCUGCCCAGCGGCUAAGUGGCUUGAUGACGAGGCGGCCUUUUCGAAGAAAAGGGCAUGCAACAAAGCCUUUUCCAAGCAGGUCAAACAUCACUUCCCAACUUUCAACUCACCUCAUCUGAAACAACUUCCCAAGGCCAUCGACACCAGCAGACUUGACGCCACAAUAUGUACGAAACUCGUGUCAAGGUUGAUGUCCCAAGAUGGUUCCCAACCUUCACCAGCUAUGGAGUUGUCCCCAUCAACCGCCGCAACAGCAUCGAGAAGCAGUACAAGGAAUUCCUCACCCAUAUCUGGAGACUCGAGAACCAGAUGCGCAGCAAGAAAAACAACAACAAGUGGGAUAAGAAAUGGCACGAACCCAGCUCUCGCUGGUCCGAACCUUUCCAGAAGGCGAGCGGUGGCUAGUGGAAAUGCCGUAUCGACCCUGGCAAGCCGGUAG